GAACGUAGGCCGGAAGUGCCCGCGAGACUCCCUGCGCCGCAAAGCGGAAGAGGCGGGCAGCACCGAGAGGUGGGAAGGAGCUGGUAUAAAACCCCCUCGCGCCGGCUCCGGACCUCCUUUUCCGUUUCCGGCCGUCGUCGCGAGAAGAGGGUAAGGAGUGGGCCUCGUGUUUGUCCUGGACGGGGGAAGUGGGAUUAUCCCGGUUGGAGGGGAGGGAAGAGAAUUGGGGGCAGUGAGGGCAGGUUCGGGGUCCUCUCCCGCAGUGUAUGGGCCUGAGGCCUACCAGAUAGUGGGGAGGGGAAGUUGGUUUGGAGGGGGCUGUCACGUGGCCAGUCCCUCCAUUUCAGUCUUGUAGGUUGAUUUCAAUUGUCUGGGCACAAAAAGGGCUUGUGCGUCGCCUAAUUCCUACCCUCAUUCCCGGAGGCAGCGCGCAGGUUCAUUUUACUUUUGGUAUGCGCUAAGAUUGGGCUAAUUUUUUAACAGUUAAGGGGCUCUCUCUUUCCCUUACCGUGUUGAGGAUGCUUGUCAGCUCCUGAGUCCGGUUUUUGUGUGUGUGAAAUCGUCUGUGCAUUGGUGCCUCGCUAGCUUGAGGUUCGAAUGAAUGCGUGGCAUGUUACAAAGGUAUAAUAUGACUCUGUAUGUGGUAAGGAGAAUUAAUGCAGGGUUCAUUGACCCAAUGAUGAGCUUUGAAAUAUGUCAUUCACCCGAACCCAAAUUCUUAGAAAUGUAAAUGAAAUAAAAUCAAGCAUGAAUGAUAUAUAAUCAACAUUUAGCCACCAUCAAUUGCCAUCUCUAGGAUUCCCAAAAUGUAAAAAUUAGAUAUCUUAUUAAAUACAGAGGCUUCUCAAUGGCGAGGGAGGUGCACUCUAUAUUCCCACACCCUUUUUAUCUGAGGUUCAUGAUUCCUAAGUAAUUUGUUGUUCGUUCAUUUGCACUAUCCCUUGUAAACUUCAUUUCAACCCCAAGGUCUUUAUUUACCUUCUACAUAGUCCCAUUGACCUCAGGGUGCUCAGUAUCCACCACUUUGGGAAACCCUGGUUAACAAUGUUAUAAGGGUAGAUUAUGUCUUAUGGUAAACAGCAACUCAUUUGCAGGCAUCUUCCUAAUCACAUGAUAUCAAUGUUAUUGUCCUCCUUUUAAGUUUAUAUUUCCCUUACCAUCAUUGGCUGUGUCUACUUGCUGUGACAUAUCAGGGGGAAGAAGAUACAACAGAAUUCUACUACUACCACUCACUGAUAGAAGAAGUAGUAUUUAAACAAAUAGCCUAUUCUUGAGGCCUAAUAAUUGCCUUUUGUCUACUGUAUUGUAGUGUGCUGUAUUAGGAAUCUGAUGAGCAUAGCCCCCUCUUUGUUACUACAUUUAUAUCCCACUUUUUCUCCAAGGAGAUCAAGGUGGCAUACACACUUCUCCCACCUCCAGUUCAUCUUUACAAGUGAGUGAGGUUAGCCUGAGAGAGCGAGAAAGAAUGAUUGAGUGAGUAAGUGAAGGUGAGCCACUGAGUUUCAUUGAGUGGGGACUUGGGCCUAAUCUGCCAGGUCCUAGUCCAGCAUUCUAACCACAACAGCACAUUGUCUCUUUCAUUGUGUUGGGAGAGGAGUGUGACAUUUAGAGGUACCAGGAUGUCAAGACUGGAAUAAUGUGUAAAGGAGCAUAAAAUUAGAGGGGAAAUACCUAAAGCAGGAGAGUGUGAGGACAUAGACGGAUAUUCACUGGGCUUCUGACAAUGCCAUAUUUCUUUUUCUUCUCAUUGCUUGGUCUUCUCAUCCCUAGGAUUCUGCACGAUGUCUGCCCAUCUGCAAUGGAUGAUAGUGCGCAACUGCUCGAGUUUCCUUAUCAAAAGGAACAAGCAAAUAUAUAGCACGGUGAGCUGCCCUCAAUUUAAAAAUAAAAAUCGGGAGCCUUGACCUUCUACCCUCUUUGCUGAAAAUUCUAGUCCUUAUUUCCUUCCUAAAGAACUUUGCUGAUCUAGGUUUUAUUUUCCAACAAUUCUGUUUCCCUUUUUGAAGCAAAAAAGGGGGGAGGAAUCCCUCACUUUCAAACACAUUCUUAAGCUCUCCUCUUUUACUCUUGGAACCCAGGAGUCCUAGUAACAUGUUUUCUUGUUUCUUCCAAGGAACCAAACAACCUCAAAGCCCGCAACUCUUUCCGCUACAAUGGACUGAUUCAUCGCAAGACUGUUGGGGUGGAACCUGCAGCUGAUGGAAAGGGCAUUGUUGUGGUCCUCAAGAAGCGUGCAGGUGGGUUAGCCUAGUUUAGAGCAAAAUAAUGCUGAAGAGUGAGGGGGCGGAGGUUGGGGGGAAGAGUGUGAGCAGGGUGUAAAAGAUCUGUUUAGUGAAUAAGCACUACAAUAGGGUGGUGGAAGCAGUCCCACCAGACCAUAGAAAAUUUGGUAGAGUGCCAGAGGGAUGCAGUUUUGUGGCUGGAGGGAGAGGGACUUACCCCUUUUGCCCACACUGCCUGGCUGUACCAAGUGCCCAUAUUCAUUCCAGCCAUUGUUUAAAAAUGAAAUUCUAAAUCCUUGAAAAUACGGAUUUGGGGAACAGGAAAAGUUAUCAAAAAUUAAGGUCUGCAUAUUUCUCUGUGGGGUCAUAAAAUCACCAGUGCUCUUCAACGUCUACAUGAUAUCACUUGGAGAUAGAUCAUCUGGGGCCAGGGAGUGGGUUUAUAUGCUGAUGAGACUCAUCUCUACAAUUCCAUGCCACCCUGUUCUGGGGAGGCCAGACAGUUCUGAAUCUGUGUCUGGAGCCAGUGGCAGACUGGAUGAAGGUACACAAACUGAAAUUUAAACCGGGACAAGACAACAGUGCUGUUGGGUAGGAGUUCUACUGGUUCAGGAACAGGAGGUUGUCCUGUUUUGGAUGAUAUAGCGCUUCCCAAGAUCUCCUGCAUCCGGCUUGUUGGAUGUUCACAAAUCUGCUGUGGCUUGGAGUACUUUUGCCGAAGUUCAGCUGCUUUGCCAGAUGUGCCUUACCUGAUAGUUCUGGCUAUGGUCCUACGUGCAUAUCUCAGUUUUGCUACUGCUAUGCCAUUUGUGUGGAGCUGCCUUUGAAAACCACAGAAAAACCAAUAGGUGCAGAAGGCUGCUGCGGAAAUCUUGACUGGGGCAAGCUGUUGCGAUUGUGUGGCCACUCCCCCCCCCCCUUAUGAUGUAUAUAGGAUUAAUUCUUUCAGUGUUUAAUUGUAUUUUAAUGAUCAAUAUUUCUGUGUUUUUAGCGGUUCUUGUUUUUAUCUGUAAGCCACCUUGAAUCCUGUCAAGGGAAAAGGCGGAAAAUAAAUAACACCGGGUAUACUUGCUCUCAGUCUGUUUCCCCAUGCAAUUCAAGGUGCUGAUUACAUAUAAAACCCUAUUCUGACUGCGACCAAACCCUUUGAAGGGCAAUCUCCUCUUUUGUGAAUCUUCCCAUCCUUUAAGAUCAGCCAUUGUCCCUCACUUGUGUGUGCUGCCAUCUAGAACGUGAAUUUGGACUGAAAGUCUUGAGCUGAAAAAUUAAGCUGAGCUUACUGGGUAGGUCUUAGGCAGGCCACUGUGUCUCUCAACUUCAGCUGCAAUAUGGGGUGAAAAUACUGGCCUACCCCGCGUGGUGACUAUAAUGUGGGAACCUGAGAAUCUCCAGAUGUUGCUGGACUACAUCUCCUUAUUUUGAAGGGACGCAGGUGGCGCUGUGGUCUAAACCACUGUGCCUCUUUGGCUUGCUGAUAGGAAGGUCGGCAGUUCUAAUCCGUCCAAGUGGGUGGGCUCCCAUUGCUCUUUCCCAGCUCCUGCCAACCUAGCAGUUCGAAAGCACAUCAGUACAAGUAGAUAAAUAGGUGCUGCUGCGGCAGGAAGGUAAAUGUUAUUUCUGUGCAUUCUGGUUUCCAUCACGGUGUUCCGUUGUGCCAGAAGCGGUUUAGUCAUGCUGGCCACAUGACCCAGAAAGCUGUCUGGACAAACGCCGGCUCCCUGGGCCUGGAAAGUGAGCUGAGCCCCACACCCCAUAGUUGCCUUUGACUGACUUGACUGUCCAGGGGACAUUUACCGUUUUACCUUUAUUCUAAUUAUUGACCAUGCUGACUGGGGUUGAUGGUAAGGACUUCCAAACUAUAUUCUCUUAAGUGCACUGGUGUGUCAUUUGCUAUUGCUGCUUCCAUCUUAGAGAUUCUAGGUUCUUGUUCCAUCCAUGCGACCUAACCUUUCACUCUUGCAGGCCAGCGGAAGCCAGCCACCUCUUACGAGAAGAUCACCAUCAACAAAAAUGCCCGUGCCACUCUUAGCAGCCUCCGCCACAUCAUCCGCAAGAACAACUACCGCAAAGACCUGCGCAUGGUAAGAUGAGACCCUUUGGUUUCUCCCUCUGUAGAUUUGCACUGGGAUAUAUUUAGUCUCCAUAUGGAGCAUAUGGUGGCAAUUCAUCAGAAACAAAAUGGCAUGGUAAGCUGGCAUUUUAGAGUGAAAAUUGAGAUGUUUACGAAAUCUAUCUAACGCUAUGAAUGUUCAAAGUGUGGUGCAGUCAAUGAAAAGCGCCCUUCUGUGUAAAACCAGGGUUACGAUAGCAUGUUUUGAAUUGCAAAAGACAUUGAGAAAUUGCCAAAGGGUUUCUGUUUCACUCCUGCUUUAGGAGUGAAGAUGGUUCUGCUCAUUUAAGUUGGUAGAUCUGAAAAGAGGCGGGGAGGAGAGGAGGGUAUUACAAGUUUGAGGAACAGUAUAGAAAUGAGGUGUUUCAGGAUCUGGGUUUUGUAAGAAACCGCUGGAGGUGCUUAACCUGGAAUUAACUGCUGUGCUUUGUAGCCUCAGUUUUCCAUCGGAGGCUCUUGUUGGCUCACGUCUCCUCUUAACUCUCUCUCAGGCUGCUCUGCGUCGUGCCAGUGCAAUUCUGCGCAGCCAGAAGCCGGUGGUGGUGAAGAAGAAGCGAACCCGGGCUACAAAGGCUACAUAAAACAGUUGUCAGAUUAUCCAAUAAAGGAUUAGAACCAGAACAUGGCGUUGCUGAUUGGUGUUAAUAGAUUGAAACCUGGCUUGUUUCUUCCCCAGUGAAUACAAGCCCU